AUGGACUUAAAUAAUGUUUUGUCGCAGCUCGAGAGUGCUAACGAGGUGGACAUUGAGGAGCUUCUCCGGGAGUUUAAUCGGGAGAACAGCCACACCUUCACAUUUGACCAGAAAGAGGAAACGCUGCGCAGUAAGCUGUGCCAAAGUGUCCUAAUAGUGCUCGGGAUGCAAGUGCAGCACAGCUGCCAGAAGACUUGUUUAGAGACCCUUCGCAUCCUUUCCCGAGACAAGUCAGUCCUGGCACCGGUCGCCACCCGGGACGGCAUACUGACUCUAGCCAGGAUGGCCCGCUUGAGCGGCUGGGAGAUAGGGGGCGACGACCGUGAACCUCCGCAGCCGAGCGCGCCGGCGACCGAGGAGGAGAGAGUGGUGGUUGUGGAGGCCCUGAAGUGCCUGUGCAACGUGGUGUACAACAGCGCGGCGGCUCAGCAGGUGAGCGUGGACGUGAAGCUGGCCCACGGGCUGUGCGCCAGCCUGCGUGCGGCCGCCGCGUGGCACCACGAGGUGGGCCUGUUCACGCUGCGCCUCCUCUUCCUGCUGUCGGCGCUGCGCUCGGAUCUGCGGGGGGAGCUGAGGAGGGAGAAGCAGGUGGUCAAACUCUUGGCUGAGGUGCUGGAGCAUACCCUGGACGUAAGAUGGGACGGCACCUAUGAGGUUGCCCGGCCCGACCCGCAGGCCCUGCCUCUGCCUGCCGAGGAAAAUGAAAGAGCCAUGGAGGCUCUAAAAGCCCUGUUCAACCUCACUGUGAGCAAUGUCGGUGGCGUGGAGGAUGACCACCAGUACAGAGUCAUUGCUGCCAUUCUGCGCCACGUGCUGAUGUUAAGGACGGAGACAGAGGAGAAAACGGAGGAAGCGCACAGCCAUGCAGUCAACCUGCUGAACAACCUUCCCGUGUCCUGCCUCGACGUGUUGAUCGACAUGCCUGUGAGAGGAGGCCUUGAGGAAUAUGGUGGCAAAAACAUGGAGGCCAUACAGGUGUUACUGGAGUUCAUGGAGAAACGGAUAGACAAGGGUUCCAACUACAAAGAGGGUCUCACUCCUAUACUCAGCCUGCUGACUGAAGGGUCCAGACAACACAGAGAAAUCCGUAGAUAUAUCAAAGCUCAGGUGCUCCCUCCACUCACAGAUGUAAAGAUCAGACCAGAGGUGGGAACCACCACCAGGAACAAACUGGUGCGUCUGAUGACGCACGUGGAGAUGGCCGUCAAGCAAGCGGCUGCAGAAUUUUUGUUUGUCUUGUGUAAAGAGAGUGUGGACAACUUGUUGAAGUACACUGGCUACGGCAAUGCAGCAGGACUCCUGAUGGCACGAGGGCUUUUAGGAGGAGGGAGAGGAGAGACUGAGUACUCACCAGAUGAAGACUCUGACACAGAAGAGUACAAAACUGCCAAACCCUUCAUUAAUCCCAUCACUGGUCACGUAGAGGAGCCAAUGCCGAACCCCAUGGAGGAGAUGACCGAGGAGCAGAAGGAAUACGAGGCCCAGAAGCUUGUAAACAUGCUGGACAAGUUGUCAAGGCAGAACUUCAUCCGGCCCAUUGGAGUCAAGCCAGAUGGGACGUUCGCACCCCUGGAAGAAACACUCUGCGCGCCGCCUGGCGAUGAUGUUGCAUCGGACUCUGAUUAG